AUGCAGGAGGACGAGGAGGAGCUGGCGGAUCAGAUGAUGGAGGAGCUGGACUGUGAUGGAGACGGUCUGUUGGACUUGGAGGAGUUCCUGGAUCUGGUGAACGUGUUCUCCUGCACUGUUCUGGAGCUGGAUCAGGACCAUGUGUACGUAGGGACCAAAGUUCUCUCUGGUCUCGAGCCCUACACCCUGAUUGUGGCAGUCGUUGUGCUUGGACUGGUGGUGUGUGUCCUACUGUGGGGGAUUUGGAGAAGCAGCCAGAAAAGAGAAGUGAAGCGCUGUGACCAUCUGUCUCUCUCCAAUCAGCCUGACGACGGCCUCACGUACACAGCUGGGGAGUUGCUGUCUUCCUCCGGUUCGACCACAGCGAGACUCAGGCGAGACCACGACUCGUACACAAAGAAAAGCGACGUCAGGUCACUUAGGCGCUGCAGGAUGUCUGGACACUCUUCGGACAUGACCGCGGCGAGAGGAGCAGGUGCGAGGAGGUGGUGGAGAUGUGGAGCAGAGAGGAGCAGGUGCGAGGAGGUGGUGGAGAUGUGGAGCAGAGAGGAGCAGGUGCGAGGAGGUGGUGGAGAUGUGGAGCAGAGAGGAGCAGGUGCGAGGAGGUGA